AUGCCGCCUCGGAGGGGCCGUAGGGGCCGAGCACGCGCUGUACAACCUCCCGACAAUCCCUACAACCUUGAUCUUUGCUACUUCACCACAGCACCUCGAGGUAAAUGGAUCUGCCCAAAUUGUAGGCUUGCCGAUAGGAGAGCCCAGCAAACAGAAACACAGGGUAGUAAUCUGGCUCCUAGUUCCUUCCCUACCAACGACGUUGCCCCGCACAGUGACCCGAACAACAAGAAUUCGCGGGAAGGAAAUGUUGCAACUGGCAACCAUGUUUACUCCAAUCGACUGAGUCCAGGCUUCAAUCCAGAUGAGGCCGAGAUAGACACCAAUAUCACUAUGACCGCUCCCAAUAUCGAUGCAUCCAUAGAUUUAGAAAAUUAUACUUACGAACAAUUUUUUGCAGAUAAUGACGACGGUCAUUGGUCAGACUGGAAAGAAGACGCGGAAAUGGAUGAAACGGAAUCGCACGCUCCAAACACUGCGCCAAGCAACUCUCAGCCGAAACAUGGAAAUGAAGGUGGUGAUAAGUAUCCGAAGCGUGAAAAGGCGAGGCAUGCUGACGACGGAGAAGGAGAGACAACCAUCCCAGAGAGAGCCUUAGAGAGGCGCAAACAACGAUCAACAGAAGACUGCGGCAAUACAGAUACAGCAAUGAAAGACGGCUACGAUGCUGAUGGAGAAGAUGAAGAGGGCCCUCGUUCAAGCGGACCUGUACCAAGCGAUAAGCACGACCCCUCAUCCGGAAAAGACACCGAUUCGACAGAAUCAGAGGAUUGGGAAGAAAUGUUCGGCAGGAGAAACGAGGACGGCAGUCUGAAGAAAAGUGAAGAUGGCAACACGGAACUCGACCAUGACCGCCUCCCCGACCCUACCAUAAAAAUCCCAUACCGUCCAGUCCCAUACCAAGCCUUCCAAGGCCGCCCUAUACCAGGUACUACGCGUCGAGGCCCAAAGUACUGGCUGAUCCCCAAAGAAAAAGAAGGGGUAGUAGAACCAGAAGAGGAGGUAGCAGAAGCAGCAGUCGAAGGAGCAGUAUUCCCCGACCCAGCAGACGCAGAAAUAGAAGAAUGCCACAACACCGACUCCUCCUCCCAGUCCGUCAAGUUCCGCGGCAACCCCACCCGCUUCACCAUCCACCCCAAACUCAUCGGGAACCCGACCGCAUUGCGAGCGAAUGAGGAAAGACGACGCCUUGCGCGCUAUGCAAGACGGGCGAGGGAACGCGCUAGACGGGCUGAUGAGGCGCCUGAGUCGGCGGAGCGGUCGACGAUUGAGAGGUUUGAGGGACGGGAGUGGCCGCCUGGGGAGGAGGAGGGGGAGGGGAAGGGGGAGGAGGUGUCUAGGAAGAGGAAAAGGAAUGGGGGUGGUUGA